AGGAGAGCAGAGGGAGGUCAAAGGGGGUCUUUCUCAGAUCUACCUGCUGGAACAGACAAUCCUUCCCUGUCAGGAUGUGGAGCAUAAAAACCUAAAGUUGAAAAACACUGAAACCCUGCUGUGUGGUUUCCACUUUUCUCUGCAAAAGCUGCACGCUCUGACAUUUGGGUGAUUAGUGAAACUGCAGCUUUACGGUGACAGGCACGCUUAACCUCAGCGUUAAAUAACCCUGUGGCUGUGAAUACAGAAUUGAGUCAGCGGCUUGUGUGACGCGAACGCCUUUGCUGCCGAGGCUCAAAUGUAGGUCAGGUGCAGAGCGUCAAAGAACCAAAAACUGAUGAGGCCAGCUGGAAAACGGAUCGCCAGCGUUUCGUCCCGCUGGAGCCUUCUCCUCGUGCAGACGCGGUAACGUCACGGAGCGGGACGCUCGGCUGCAGAUCACAACUCUGCGAUCAGAGUUCAUAUCUGCUGCCGCCCCACUUCCUGUCUUUUGUUGUGAAAGGGGGCGAGGCAAGGGGGGGGGGGGCAGAAGAACUAGAAGCAGAAGACGAGCAGUCAGCAAAACGCGCAGAAGCGGCGUUCCUGUUCAGAGCGGACUGAAGGAGCAAAGAUGUGGUCGGAGGACGAGCGUCUGAACCCACUUCUCGUGUCGGCGGCGCUUUAGCGGCGUCUCCGUUGGCGAGCUCAGGGAGACGAUGGGGGCUACAAACUUUCCAUCUCCUUACUCCUCCACGCCGCCGUUCUCCUCCGUCUCCUCCCCGUCUUUCAACUCCUCCGCCUCUCCUACCGCGCCGCCGUGUCAGAUGGAGAUCGCCUCCCUCCGCCAGCUGCUGGCGGUCGUCUACUCCUUGUGCUUCGUGUUCGGCCUGGUGUGUAACCUGUUCGCUCUGUGGGUCUUCCUCUUCGUGGACUCCAAGCGGAACUCCGUGCGAGUCUUCCUCAUCAACUGCGCCGUGGCCGACCUGGUGCUGCUGGCGUGCCUCCCCUUCAGGGUGUCCUACCACGCCCGAGGAGACAAAUGGGUCCUGGGCUCUCUGGCCUGCAAGCUGGUGGGGAAUGCCUUCUACGUCAACAUGUACAUCAGCAUCCUGCUGCUGGGCUUCAUAAGCCUGGACCGCUUCCUGAGGCUGCGGGGGAAACGCAGAGCGAGGCGGGGCUGUGGCGGGACGCUGUGCGGGGGCACCCAGAUGUGGAGCUGGGGGGUGUGCGGCUCUCUGUGGGGCAUCUCUUUCCUCCUUUUCAUCGUCAUGGUCGCCACAGCGGAGAACAAGGAUGUGGACAAAUGCUUCCACUACAGAAGAAACCCUAAAGGCAUCAUCUGCAUCAACGCCGCGGCGGUCUUCCUGUUCUGGGUCGUGUUCGCCAUGCUCAUCAUCUCCUACAGCAAGAUCUCUGGGCGGUUGCUGCAGGUUUCGCGGGACAGGCCGGACCUCCCGAACGCUCAUAAGUACGCACGGACGGCCAAAAAGUCCUUUUUUGUCCUCUUCCUGUUCACCGUCUGCUUCGGGCCGUACCACGCCUUCCGCCCCGUCUACAUCCACUCCCAGCUCAGCGGGGACCCUCUGCCCUGCGACUACCAGAAGCUGAUGGACCGCACCAACGAGCUGAUGCUGCUGCUGUCCGCCUUCAACAGCUGUCUGGACCCCGUCAUGUACUUCCUGUUGUCGGGCUCGGUGCGUAAGACGGCGGUCCGGGCGCUCGGGCCCCGCCUCUGCGGCUGGCUCUGCUGCGACGCCGGAGCCAAGCUGGACCACAGCUCCACCAUGGAGUUCAGGCGGCCCUCGGUGGCGGUAUCUCUGCAGGCCACCGCCCCCAACACGCCAUGUGCCACGCCCAGAACCAGCAUCUGUGCAAUGAACGCCACCCUCCGCCACGCGGGGGUGAUGAUGUUGCCGCCUGCGGGACGCUGACGGUCACUGGACGGACUCCUGCGGCGGUUCUGUACAACUACGGACCUUUGCUGAACCUUUACAAGGAUUAAUUUGACUAAAAAUAAAAUCUUUGAUAGGAAGUGUUUGAACUCGCAGGAAAGUGUCAUUAAAUGUUUUCUGAAGGAU